UAUAUAUAUACACUAUAUAGUAUACGUAUAUAUAUCACACCUAAGUGCUCUCUUGAACAAAUUAUGGCAUUGUCUCUUAUCAGGGGUAAGGGUCUGCAAUACGGAAAUUCGCAGUUACGUUUCUUAUCCAACAUCUCGGCCAUGAAGAAAGGAUUGGUGCUUGGUAUAUACGAAGCAGAAGAUGAAAACAACAUUUCAUUGACUCCUACGGCAAUUAACUAUGACGAACUAGUUAAAGGAAAACUGCGACAAAAUAUUUUUUUGAGAGACUAGACUGAGAGACGAUAUUGUACGCAUGAUAUGAGGCAAAAAUUCGCUGCACAGAAGGAGUUACCAGAUACCUAUUUUCUUAUAUAAAAAAAUUUUAACAAUAUAUUAUUUAUAAAGUAAUUAUUUGUAUAGAUUGAUUAAUAUUAAUCAAGUAAAAUCAUGUCAGAAGAAUUCAAAUGGAAUCUUGAAAAAUAUGAAAUUUAAAAAAGCAGAUUAAAAUUACCAGAUGUAUUUUAAAAUAAUUAAAUGUAUUUUAAGAAAUAUUAUUCAAUUAAGAAGAAAGAUGUCAGCUAUCAAUGAUAGUAAUUUGGGAAAUGAUACCACUGCUGGAAGUAGUGGAGGUAUAGGUGAAUAUAAUGAUAGAAUGAAUAAACAACAUCACUCUGCAAAUGUUCUUCAUAGGAUUAGUGGUACACUUGAAGAUAAAAGUAAUGAUUAUUUAUGUCCUAUUUGUUUUGAAGUAAUUGAUGAAGCUCAUAUUACACGUUGUGGUCAUACAUUUUGUUAUCGCUGUAUAGUAAAAUCUUUGGAAGCCAAUGGUCGUUGUCCAAAGUGUAGUUAUACAUUAACUCAACAAGAUAUUUUUCCAAACUUUUUGUUACAUGAACUGAUAUCAAAAUAUAAAACUAGAAUUAAAGGUCUUGCUGAAUUGGGAUCAUCAUAUGCAGCUGAUGGUAAACACAAAUUAGGUAAUACAGAUUUAUCUGUGCCACCUCAUGAUGGAUUAAGAGAUAUUAUAGCUGCAGAAAGUGCUAAUCUAACAUUACCUGAUGUAAAUGUAAUGUUAGAAGUAUUAACACAAAGAAAACAUUUACUAGAAGCAGAAACCUGUGCAGCACAAAAUAAAUUGUUACACGAGUUUUUAAAACAUCUAUUACAACAAAAAGAAGAACAAAAAAACCAAUUACAAAAGGAGAUAGCAUUAAUUAAGAGAGAUAUGGAUGAGGUUGAGAAUAUUUUAAGAGAUGUUCAAAAUAAAUGUCCUAAAGUAGAAGAUUUGAAGAAAUCAAGUGAAAAUGAUACUGCGCAUGUAUCAGCUAUAAGAAAAGAAAUGAUUGGUCUUAUAGACAUAAUAGAUUCAAAUAUGGUAAAACCAAAUGAAAAAGCAAAUAUUAUUAGCAGUGACACAUUUAUUAAUCCUACAGGGAGUAAGAAGCAAAAUGAUUAUGCAAUAGGAUCUACAUUAGCAACACGUAGAAAAAGAAUGCAUGCUCAUUUUGAUGAUUUUGUUCAAUGUUAUUUUGAUUCUCGUGCUAAAGAACUACUCCUUGGUCAUAAAUCUCAGAGUCAGAGUGAUUCAUGGCAAGGCACUAGUUCAGGUCUUGAUGUUUUUAGAGAAAAUCUUGUCAAAUUUUCGAGAUAUAAAUCCUUACGCCCACUUGCAACUUUAAAUUAUUCAUCAGAUAUUUUUAAUAAUUCCACUAUUGUUUCAAGUAUUGAAUUUGAUAAAGAUAAUGAAUUUUUUGCAAUAGCUGGAGUUACAAAACGUAUAAAAGUAUUUGACUAUAGUGCUGUAAUAAGAGAUACUGUAGAUAUACAUUAUCCUUGUGUUGAAAUGGUUUCUAGCUCUAAAAUAUCAUGUGUUUCAUGGAAUUCCUUUCAUAAAGGAAUGCUAGCAUCAUCUGAUUAUGAAGGAACUGUAACAGUAUGGGAUGCUGCAACUUGUCAAAGAACUAAAACAUUUCAAGAACAUGAAAAAAGAUGUUGGUCUGUUGAUUUCAAUGAUGUAGAUACUAAACUCAUAGCAUCAGGAUCAGAUGAUGCUAGAGUUAAGUUGUGGUCUUUAAACAAUGACCAUUCUGUAGCUUCAUUAGAAGCAAAAGCUAAUGUAUGUUGUGUAAAAUUUAAUCCACGUAGCUCAUGUCACUUGGCAUUUGGAUCUGCAGAUCACUGUGUCCAUUAUUAUGAUUUGCGUAAUAUGAAAGAAGCACUUUGCAUUUUUAAAGGUCAUCGUAAAGCUGUUUCAUAUGUUAAAUUUAUAAAUAAGGAAGAAAUAGUAUCUGCAAGUACUGAUUCGCAAUUAAAAAUGUGGAAUAUUAAUAAUCCGCAUUGUUUGCGAUCGUUUGUCGGACAUGUUAACGAAAAGAAUUUUAUAGGUCUUACUACUGAUGGCGAUUAUGUAGCAUGUGGAUCAGAAAAUAAUGCACUUUAUGUAUAUUAUAAAGGACUUUCGAAACAAUUAUUCUCGUAUAAAUUUGAUGCCGUUCGAAGUAUAUUAGAAAUACAAGAACGAAGAGAAGAAGAUCUGAAUGAAUUUGUAUCUGCAGUUUGUUGGAAACAAAUGUCCAAUGUUGUAGUAGCAGCAAAUUCUCAAGGAACUAUUAAGAUAUUAGAAUUAGUUUAAAGUUAAUUAUGAAUUCUAUAAUCCUUAGCAGAUGUUGAUAUACAUAUAUAUUUUGAAAUUUAUUCAAUUAAGUGCUUAGGCACAAAUAACAACGAGAAGUGAAAAUUUAUUCUAAAUGUUACAGUAAUUUGUUGUAAGCAAAAUUGAAAAAGAAAAAAAUUUAGAAUAUAU